AUGCCCACCUCACGUACUGGUGCCACUGCAGUGGAGUACUGGGUUGACGGGUCGCGUCGCGAUGUGUCUGUGGAGGAUUUCUACGCCAUGGGACAGGAGUUAGGCAGAGGUGCGACGUCAGUCGUGUUCCGCUGUGAGGAGAAACAAACAGAGAAACCGUACGCCGCCAAGGUUCUGAAAAAAACCAUUGACAAAAAAAUUGUGAGAACAGAAAUUGGAGUUCUGCUGCGCCUCUCCCAUCCAAAUAUCAUUCGCCUAAAGGAAAUCUUUGAGACGGAGACCGAUAUUUCUCUCAUCCUGGAGCUGGUGACAGGAGGAGAACUGUUUGACAGGAUUGUGGAGAGAGGUUACUACAGUGAGAGAGAUGCUGCUCAUGUGAUUAAACAGAUCCUGGAGGCUGUAGCGUAUCUCCAUGAGAACGGCGUCGUGCACAGAGACCUCAAACCAGAGAAUCUGCUCUAUGCUGACCUGUCACUGGACGCCCCACUCAAGAUAGCGGACUUCGGCCUGUCAAAGAUUAUCGACGAGCAGGUUACCAUGAGGACAGUCUGCGGUACGCCAGGAUACUGCGCUCCUGAGAUUCUGAGAGGAAACGCAUACGGGCCAGAGGUGGACAUGUGGUCUGUAGGAGUCAUUCUCUAUAUCCUGCUUUGUGGGUUUGAACCAUUCUUCGACCCGAGGGGGGAUCAGUACAUGUACAGCCGUAUUCUCAACUGUGACUAUGAGUUUGUCUCCCCCUGGUGGGAUGAAGUCUCCCUUAAUGCCAAGGACUUGGUGAGUAAGCUGAUUGUGCUGGACCCGCAGAAGCGUCUGAGUGUCCAGCAGGCGCUGCAGCACCCCUGGGUGCUUGGGAAGGCUGCCCGCUUCUCUCACAUGGACACGACACAGCGCAAGCUUCAGGAGUUUAACGCACGACGCAAACUGAAGGCGGCUAUGAAGGCAGUGGUGGCCACGAGUCGGAUGCAUGAGGGCUCCCGGCGCCGGACGGACAGCUGUGAGAUUCCCGGGUCAGACCGGACCUCACGCCAGAGCAGCAUUCAGAAAGAUCCAACCAUGGAUGGCCCAAAUGAGCCCGCCGGUACCAAGGAGGCGGAGCAGACUGCGGAGGGGGAGGAGAGAGAGAGAGAGAGUGCAUCACAGGGAAAGUCCAAUCCAAAUGCCUCCACACCCCCACCUCCUCCACACAGCCCCAAACCCUCCACCCCCCUUCCGCCCAGACCCCCCCUGAAAGCCGACGGCCUCAGACAAGCCUCCGUCAUGCCGCACGCAGCCGCAGUCAGACCCAGAGUCCCCACAAAGAGCUGUUCGGUCAACCCAGGAGGGAGGCAAGAGCCCCCCCCUGUCCUGGCCUCUCCCCCCAGCCCAAAACCCCUCAGUAACGGAUUCACACUGGGAGUGGACGCGAGCACAAAGAGAACCCAGUGUCAGUGA